AUGCCUCUUUUGAAUCCGGUAAGUGGAGUGCAAAUCCAGCUCCCCUCUAUCACCACUCUACCCUAUGUCUGCGACUACGUAGAGGCUGACCGUCGCUAUUUUCUCUACAAGGCAAUCCUGUCCUUGCCUCCUCCUGCUGAUGGUAGCGGUGACUUCACAGUUAUUCUUCUCCACAACCCUUUUAGGCUGCACGAUGAUGAUUACGAUGAUUUUAGUAACAUGGCAAUCGCGAAAGUUGGAGAUAAUAGCUGGACUUCAUUGCCACGAGCAUCUCAUGGCAGUAUCGCGGAUAUCAUCCCCCACAAAGGACAACUGUAUGGUGUGGAUGUAGGAGGGGUACUCCAUGUAUGGGACCAUCAUCACCUUACAUCUGGUCCCAAAUCCACUCUAGAAAUACGAUUUUAUUGCGGCAUGACCAAACUGUUGGUAGAGUCCUUGAACAGAAAACUAUACAUGCUAUACAAGGGCUUAUAUUACGAUACAUUUAUGGCCAUUAGACUCGAUGCGGAUAACCCUGAAUUCAUCCCUGAGGAUGAUCUUGGGGACAAUGUCUUUUUUCAGCUUGGAGGGAACUGCAUCUACUUCACAGACGACGACUACUUUGACGUCUUUGACAACCUCGAACACGAGCCACGUGAGAUGGGUGUGUUUGAUGUGAGGAAUGGGAGCAUGAAGCCUAUACCCAAUCUUGGACAGCACUUGCAUUGGCCUCCCCCUAUAUGGAUCAUUCCUACCUUAUUCUAA